GUGCACUGCGCCGUUGCAUGCUACAUCGGAUUCGCCGCGCCGUGACUUCAGUUCUACGUUAGCUAYGCUCAUAARCGGUUGGGCCUUGGGAAAAUAUGGAYUAGCAAGCCGCGAUUCGCGCAGAGAAAAUAGUGAAACGAGUGCUCGCGCCUAAAAGUGGAUAUAUGAAGGAUAUACAAGCCGACGCGACAAGGCCUAACUAAAGUGCGGUGUGUCGUGAGUGUGUAUUCGGUAUAUGUAAAUGGACGUGUGUGGAACGAGGGUUAAGUUCAUACGAGUCAAUAGGUCGCAUUUGCAGAAAAUAUAUYGAAGAAAAUUUAUAACAAAAUUUGUGAAAAGUUUAGAAGAAAAGUGUUGUUGAAAAUAUGAAGAAGUCUUCUGCUAAAGUAAUUGAUUUCAAAGCAAUUAGAGAAGYGCAAAUGCRUGUARAAAUAUUUGCGCAGUAAUUAUCUACAAGGUGUAAUGGGAAAAKAWAAGUUAAUGAAAAAAUAAAUCACAUAAAAGUGAGUGUGCGUUUCARAAGUUCAAAAAAAGUGAGUGCCAAGUGAGAGUGUUUCAGAAGUUUAUAAAAUAUAAGGCGAAUCUAUGGAAAUUGUGAAAUAAAAUAGAAAAAAUCAAAUUUCAGUAUAAAUACUCACCUCAAGGUCUUUCCGCAACUGGCCAAGUAGCAAAAGCAACAACAGCAACUACUUGCCACAGCGUAGACCAAAUUCAAUCUCGCCAGCGCCUUAACCCACCCCCUCGGUACGAGUGGCACCGCCAAGUGGGCGUCUAUUAUGCGUCGUUCGCAUACGAAAAGUUCACGCAGUGGAAGUUAAUUGACCUUCAACUGUAGAAGAAGCAGCAUUUGUGACAUAGUUACGCGUUAUUCGUCUCUAACUGCCUUCAAAUGCCACCAAGCUGCACAUAAGUACAUAAGAAUAAUCAAAGGAAAAUCAUAAAAGGAAAAGCAAACAAAUCAAGCCAAGUAUUCUUUUCGAUGCUCGUUCCAAUUAUGCAUAARCGCUAUUAUGGAAAAUUCACCAUCGAACUCGAUUGAAAAGCAAAUUGAUAAUUUCCUGGAACACUUCAAGCGCAGCGCAUCCAAAGCCAUGGAGGCGGACUGGUGCAGCAGCGGCUCGGGAUCCAGCAAUGGCGGUGGCGGCUUGCCUUUGAAUGCGGGCGCUGAUAGCCUUUGUAAUAAUAUUUUCGGUGGCAUCACCGCAAAUGCCAGCGCUGUCMAUCAGUCACCGAUAAAUCAUCCACAGCAACAACAACAGCAACAGCCAUUACAACAUCCACUCUUGCAACGCACCAAAAGCCGUUCGAGUUGUUUAGAUAUAUCCGAUUUAUCAGAUAAUGACGUUGAGAGCGUACUCGCCGAAUCGCAGGCAAUUGUUUUGAGUGCCGCACAACAACGCCAACAACAGUUAAUUAAUCARCAUAUGCUUGAGUCGCAAACAUCGGUGAGUAGUGGCGCCUCAAUACAAACGGUGCUGCAUCAGUCAAUGCUCGCGAGCACCACCAGCACCAGUAGUACACAGCAACAACAACAACAUAUACAACGUACCGGCAGCAUACCAAGCAACAAUACAACGCCGGCACACAGAGCAGCAACGCCAACAAAAACACAACAACAAAUUACAGCAAAUAAUAACAGUAACGGCGGCAUUAACAGCGCUCCAGCAACAGCACAGAGUGUGUCAUAUGCCACUGAAGCGCUGGUAACAUUGCGUCCGCAGGCACAAACACCCCAACAGCAACAACAACUGCCCACAGCUGAGUGCAUCAACUCGCUGUUGGAACACAUCAGCCCAGCGGCGGCAGCAGCAGCGAUGAGCGGGGAAGGUGUACUAAAUAUUGCCGAUGUUGCUGAUCUGCUACAUCCGCAGCAUGCGAUCAUAACGGGUGGGCGCUCACAUGGCGGCUGUCCGCUGAUCAUAUUCCCAGAUAAUAACAAUUUCAAUUUAUUGGAGGAGGCCGAUUAUCAGAAAUUAAUUUUAUAUCUCACAUCAGUGCCAUCGCUGCAAGAUACCGAUUUGGGCUUUCAGCUGAUCAUCGAUCGACGAAAAGACAAAUGGACGUCGGUGAAGACAGCGCUGCAGCGAAUAUCGAUCUACUUCCCCGGCAUAAUACACGUGGUAUACGUGCUGCGGCCAUCUGGACUAUUCCAAAAAGCCAUAUCCGAAGUAAGCACAAAAUUCUCAAAAGAUGAGUAUCGCUUUCGGCUCGUAGUAUGCUCGGCGCUCACCGAUCUGCACGAGUACAUAGACAAAUCUCAAUUGACMGUGGACAUGGGCGGGACGUUAAUAUAUUCUCACCACGAGUGGAUACAGCAGCGAAUAUCGCUUGAGAAAUUUUCUAGUCUCACACAUCAAGUGUCAACCGAAUUGGAUAUUUUCAUACAAACCAUACACGAUACGGAAUUUCCCAACUCCGUGGAGGCCACACAAAAGCUGAUUGAUGUGCAAGGCGGUGAUUAUGAGCGUUUGAAGGAGGAGAUUUUGGCYGCUGCCAAACACGGCGAAACUCUGUUGAAUAACAUCAAAGGCAAUGAGGAGAUCAAGGAAUUCUCGGAACGCACCGGCAAUGUCAGCGCCAUUGAGCGAGCCAGUGCAGGGAACGCUAGCAAUCGUCCACCUCAUCAAAUAAUCUAUCAUCAACAAUAUAAAUUCAAAAAACCACAACAUUUUGAUGAUUGUCGCGAUUAYCGUAGACUCCUGGUGCAGCUGGAGGAGACCGAGCGACGCUUCGACGAAUUUUGGCGCACGCAUCGAAAUCGACUGCAACAGUGCUUGGAGCUGCGGCGCUUCGAGCAGGAUUUCCGCGAGCUGCAGACAAUUUUCGACGCCCAUCUGAAGUGCGUCGCCGAGAUGACCGAGAUCGGCGAGAGUGUCGAACGUGUUGACACCCUAAUGGCUGACACGCAGCACUAUCAGGAGCUCAGUCGUGUGGAUAUCGAGCGAGCCGGUGAGGUCAUCAGCGCCGGUCAGCAAUUGCUCGGCGUACGCGGCGUUUAUCCGUGGGAGAUCGUGCAGCCGAAGUGUGACGAAUUGCAGCGAGUGUGCGAUAUAAUAGCGGAACGUUUGUGCAAGCGUCUGGAGAUACUUAGCAAGAAUCGCGAACUCAUGGAGAGAGUAGAAAAGGCUAAUCAAUGGUGUGCCAAUGGCGUUGAGCUGUUAGCUUCGCAGCGCAUCGAGAAAUGUUCAGCAUCGCCGGAAAUUGCCGAACAAAGUUUACAAGAAAUACAAGCUUUCAUCGCAUCGGCGGCGGAAUUUAAGUUAUCUAGUCCAAGUGAAUUUAAGAAAAUCUUUCUGGAGAGUACAACACCCGAAACCAAAGCACUUGUAUCGCAAAACCGCUUCAUAUAUCGCAGCCGCUUUAGCUUAAAAUAUCGAGCAGGCGAUUAUGGUGACAGCUUGGGUGUGGGUGUCUGA